GCCACUAAGAGUUUGUAGGAGCAGUUCCGGUGUGGUGAGAAGCUUUCCUCCAUCCCAGGCGGCUCUAUACUGUUUUACCUCGUUGGAGUUUUAGCCGAGAAGUAAACAUGUCCGGCCGUGGAAAGCAGGGCGGCAAAGUGCGGGCAAAGGCUAAGUCCCGCUCUUCCCGCGCAGGCCUGCAGUUCCCCGUGGGCCGAGUGCACCGGCUGCUGCGGAAAGGCAACUAUGCGGAGCGAGUGGGCGCGGGCGCGCCUGUGUACCUGGCGGCCGUGCUGGAGUACCUGACCGCCGAGAUCCUGGAGCUGGCCGGCAACGCCGCACGGGACAACAAGAAGACGCGGAUCAUCCCUCGCCACCUGCAGCUGGCCAUCCGUAACGACGAGGAGCUUAACAAGCUGCUGGGGAAAGUGACCAUUGCUCAAGGCGGCGUCCUCCCCAACAUCCAGGCCGUGCUACUGCCCAAGAAGACGGAGAGUCAGAAGGUGAAGAGCAAGUGACCCUGUCGCCGCCACCCCCGAGCGCAGGACCUUUCCACAGCUGCCUCGCACGCCCUUUGCCAGGUGUCAUGGAGGGGCCCGUGCGAGCUAGGGGGAGCUGGGCAGUGAGGAGCCCGCCGGAGUCCGGAGCCAAUAAAAUCGGUGAAAAUCCUGUA